GUCCGCCUUUUCCAAGCGGCCCCACGAACCCUGGGUCACCUGACUUGGCGCGUCGCGCCCCGCGACGCGCGGGCGCCUUCGCACCCUCGCGCCGAACGGGCAGCGGCGCUGGCCCAGACUGCGACUCGCUAGGCGAUAGGGGGCCGCAUGCGAAUAGGGUUCGCAUGUGGCCCCCUAUUCGCAUGUUCGCGGAGACCCUGCGGGCGGCGGCUCCUUUUUGUCCUGGCUUCGGCUGUAUUGGUGCACCCCCGGGGGCCGCCUGCGCAGAGCGCAAACCCGCCGACCCCCGCCUGCAGGGGGGUGGAAGCCGGCGGCGCGCACGAGGGGGUGGCGCCCAAGGGGGCGGGCGUCGAAAAGGGCGGCGGGGCUCCGAGAGAGGAAGAGGAGGAGGAGGAGGAGGAGGAGGAGGGCCUGGGCAUGGGCCUAGCAACUCCAGGACGCAAGCCAGCAUCCAACUUUGCCGACCUCGGCGGGCUCACGAAGCCGCGGCCGGAGGCCCCCGCGGCCGGCGCCGCGGCAGCGACGCGGGCGGCGCGCUCUCCUCUCCCGCGGGCCGAAGAGGGGCAAGCCGAGCGCACGAGAGCACCGCGUUCCCAGCUCCAGGCAUCCGCGCAACAGAGCUCCCACGCCCGACCAAGCAGCACUGCGGGCGGAAACGAACCCAGGAGCUCCGCACCGGGGGGCCCUGGAGCAUUCCCUGCUGCAGGAAACGCUGGGCGGGAGGCAAGGGCGGAAACUUGCUGCUGGCGGGAGGAGAAGGGCGGGGCGACCGACCGACCGACGCGAUCGAGGAUCACAUCGCUGCGGACCUCCUCUCCCAGCGGCCGGUGGAGUGGCGCAUGCCUCCAAGAUCGAUGUAAUCACAGGUGAUCUGCAGCGCACGCGGCAGCGAUGCGCUGCGACCGCGAGUGCGCGUGCCAAAAGCACGCAGCGUGCGUGCCGAGCGGUCGGCGCUGUAAUGCCACCGCCCAGCGGGCACGGUGCAUACUUGGGGCGGGGAGGAUGGCGGCAGCAGGAGCGUGCGGAGGAGGAGGCCUAGCUGAACAGGCGGCAACCAUCAGAGGGAGCCAGAAACACAUCGUGCGUUCAAAAAGUUGAGAGCUGGCCCUCCUGUACCGCCUGCGGAAAGGGAGGUCCACGCAGGCGAGCUGGCCAGCAUCCGGGGAGUGGAGGCACCUCCCGGGAGCAGCUCAGAACUUGCCGGACUUCCUGAAGUCCGCGCCGGCGUAGGGGGCCUUGCUCUCCUCUGCGGGAGCUGGUUGUACUUGCAGUUGCGCUCGGAGCGGCAGGGGGCCCCGGUCUUGAGGUGGCCGGUGCCGAGCGCGACCGUGAGGUCGGCAAGGAAGUGGUCCUCCGUCUCGCCGCUGCGGUGGGAGCAGAAGACACCCCAGCUGUUCUCGACGCACAGCUUGUAGUUGCGGCUGGCCGGCCUCGAUGGCCUCCGAGAUGGACCCGAUCUGGUUCACCUUCAGGAGCAUCGCGUUGGUGGCCUUCUUCUCCACGCCCUUGGCCACGAUCUUGGGGUUCGUGCAGUAGAGGUCGUCCCCCACGAUCUCGACCUUGUCGCCGACCUUCGCGGUGAGGGCGGCGUGGUUGUCAAAGUCGUUCUCGUCGCAGGGGUCCUCCAGGAUGACCACCGGAUACCUGCCGCACAGGUCCACCCACCAGUCGACCAGGUCCGAGCCCGCCUUGAGGUUCUUCGGGUCCUGCUCGCCGGCGGGCUUCUUGAAGUCCAGGUUGUCCGCCGCCGUGCCCUCGGCACGCGGGAGGCGUCGGAGGCCCUCGUGCGCUGGCAGGCAAGGCGUCCGCCUGCUGCUGCUCUCUGGGGGGGCGCCCCCCUGUCGGCAAAGACGGCCCCCAGGCAUCGCCCCCGCAGUCCCGCC